AUGCGAAGCGCCGAACAGUUGGCCCGCCCCGCGUUUGCUCCACCAGACCCCAACGUACCCAACGACUCAGACCGGCGCUUUUCACAAUUCGAGUACUCUGCUGGUCCUGUACAGAAUCAGCCGCAGACUCUAAAUCGGUCACAAAGUCAACGUCAGAAACCUUUGAGUGACCGUUCGACUGUCAACGUUGUCGCCGACGACUCACAGAAUCGCAAAAAGGGCCGUGUCGAGCGCAGUGUCUCUGUCAAGGGCAAAACAAUCUCCCUUCCUAUCUCACAACCUACCUCACCUGGAAUUUUGCAUCCAGAGACCCUAGACGAGUCCGAAGAGUAUCCGGCACAUCUCCGCCAUUCCUACGCGGAGAACCCUUCACCUCUGGCGCCACAAUCUCUCGCCCACCAACAGCAAUACCAAUCGCCCCAACGAGGUCCCCGACCUUCCCAUCCUGCUCACGCCCAAGACAAUCCCGAGUGGGCGCAGAAACCGGUGCAACCCCUUUAUACCAAACUCCCGCGGUCCGGCACCGAUCCAUCUCUCCUUGAACAGUACGUCCGACCGUCGCCAACCGAUAUUGUCCCCGAAUCACCACGCUACGCGCCGGAACAUCUUCUUCGGGGACAGCAGACUCACGAGCCGCUUUCCCCGUUACAGUCCGUUUAUCCUGACGCCAUGCAGUCUUCCGUGCAGGCAUCACAAAACCAGGGUCAAUUUCAGCAGCUGGACAGACAAAAAUCAACAGGUUCUCCGCAGCAAAAUCGGAGUCGGCAGGGUAGUGUGUCAAACAACAUGCCUGAUCCCGGACGGAGCACACCCACCAAUAUACACCGCCGCGAGGAUUCCGGGGAUGUGGACCUGCGGGCAUUGAUCCAGAAGCAUGACGAACUCCAGGCCAAGUAUUCCAAGGUGAAACGAUACUACUUUGAGAAAGAUGCGCAGGUUCAGCAUCUCCAGAACACGGUCGCACACCAACGGAUGGCAGUGUCGCGUACCGUACUUGACGAUAAUGAAUAUACCAACCGAUUCCAGCGACUUGACGGAGCGAUUAAAGACCUAGCAUUCUCCGUGCGCAAAUAUUGGCGCAGUAUUCCAUCGUGGCUGAAUGGAAUGGUCACCGACGAUGCUUUAUCGGUUGGCACGAAAGAAAUGACCGCGGUCGGACGGGCGGUAAUCAGCCGAUGGCUAGUAGAAGAAGUAUUCCAGCGUUAUUUCCAUCCAUCCUUGGAUCCAGCAUUCAGUGUGCAGCUGAAGAAUAUUGAAAUGAACCUGCGACGGCAGCGAGCGUCAUCCGAAGAAGACCGCGAGAAUGCCUCUGCGAGACUUUCUUACUGGCGCCGCACGACCUUUGACGGACUGAGUGAUUCCUUAUCCGGACCUGAAGCCCAAAAACAUCGCGUUAAGCUAGUCGAGAAUCUCAUCGUGGAACUCGCUGCCUUCAUGGGAUCCCAGCUGCACGAAAUUGCAUUGCCAGAUCUAGAAGCAAGCGUGCGGAUGAUCGUUGAGAACUCAAUCAACAUCAUCGAGAAAAUCCCUCUCGAAGCCCGCGAUGUCUGCGUCGAUUACUUCCCACCGGGCAUCUCCCUCGCUGAGCAAUACAUGAAGCUCGAGGAGCCUACCGCGGCAGAGGGAGAUGCCUCAUCCGGCUCAACUGCCGGAGUGUUAGAGAAUGGCUCACCGGCCCAGCAAAAGCCCAGCAAGAAGUCCAUCUUUGGCGCCUUGAUAAGGGGUAAGCAUGCCUCCAGCGAGAUCAGUCGUCCGGCGCCGGCGCCUGGACCAACCGAGGACAAGAGUGAGCCUGCAGAGUUAGCUCAGAGCCACCCGCGUAUCCGGUUUGCAGCAUUCUUGGCCGUUGAAGUGCGCGGCAAGGGUCCUGCAACGGUGCUGAUCAAGUCGCCUGUGUGGCUGGUGGAAUAA